GGACAUGAGAGAUGGCUUUAGAAGAAAAAGUUUCUAUUCUUCCCAUUAUUCAAGAGAACGGUCACCCCAUAAAAGGGAUGCUGCAUUUUUCAGAGAGUCACCUGGAGGCCGCAAGGACUCCCCACACAGCAGAUCUGGCUCUAGUGUCAGCAGUAGAAGCUACUCUCCAGAACGAAGCAAAACAUAUUCAUUCCAUCAGUCUCAACAUAGAAUACUGGGGUUUGAAUUUGGCUUCACGCUUGCUAGAGCCCGCGCGUGCUGGUGCCUCCUACAAAUGGCAGAAUGAAAGAAAUGCAGAAAGAGGUAAAGAGAGACCUUUGCAGUCUUUGAAAACAUCAAGAGACACUUCACCUUCAAGUUCUUCUGCAGUUCCUUCAUCAAAGGUGUUAGACAAACCCAGUAGGCUAACUGAAAAGGAACUGGCUGAGGCUGCGAGCAAGUGGGCCGCCGAAAAGCUAGAGAAGGCAGAGGAGAGUAACCUGCCAGAAAUUUCUGAGUUCGAGAUGGGAACUGCGGCACCAUUAUUCAUUGACCAGACAGAAGAGCCUGAGUCCAACGCGACUGAUGGUACAGAGUUAUUUGAAGACAGUCAACUGACCAGUCGCUCUAAAGCAAUAGCAUCAAAAACCAAAGAGAUUGAACAGGUUUACCGACAAGACUGUGAAACUUUUGGAAUGGUGGUGAAAAUGCUGAUUGAAAAAGAUCCUUCCUUAGAAAAGUCUAUUCAGUUUGCACUGAGGCAGAAUUUGCAUGAAAUAGGUGAGCGGUGUGUGGAAGAACUCAAGCAUUUCAUUGCAGAGUAUGAUAAUUCUACUCAAGAUUUUGGAGAGCCUUUUUAGAAGAAUUAAUGUUUUUUUUUUUUUUAAAGGCUCUAGAUUUUUUUUUCUCCCUGAAUUGUGUAAAUCUUUAAUAUAUGGAAUUUUCCUAAUGAAGAGAAACACUUUAUGAUAGUUGACCACAUUUCCAAUAUCAAAUAAACAUCUAAAGUAGUCAUUUAAAAUAUUCUAAAAGUUUUUUCUACAUGUAGAACCUCCUAAUCCAUGUCUUUCUUCCUCCCUUCCCACCCCUCCAAAAAAAUGAUGGUCAAUUAAUUUGUUAAGCUUUGAAAAAGCUUUCUGGAGAGCAGCUUUCUGUACUUACUCAUGGUCUACAGUCUUCCACAGUGUGUGGUCACAGGAUUGUGAUUUAUAGUUAGAGAUCAUUCCACUUAAACAUUAAUAGUCUUUUUGCAUUUCGUAGUGAAUGGUACCAUGGGAAAAUGUUAGAGUUUUGAGUUGUGAUUUUUAUUGACUUGUCGCUUACUUUUCCUUAGGCUUUUAAGUAUACUGUCCUAAUAAACAAGUACUUUGGUAUCCUACAGCAUAUUUGCUUUGAGAAAAAAUUCUCAUUCAGUGAUAAAAUAGAGCACUUAAAAUCUCUAAAGGACACCUUAGAAUUUUUACCCCAAAUAAAUGAACUCGAUGUAUCUCUUCUAUUAAAAUGCUCCUGAAAUUGUUGACUACUUUCACUGAUGUGUAGUCUUCUAUAAGGUAAAAGAAGAGACAAUUCGAGAUGGAAGGUGAAGAGUAUUUUAAAGUUGAGAUUUCUUAAAAACCCUUCUGAUCAAGAGACGAGGAAACAUUUAGAAUAUAUAGAAGUACUGGAGCUUUUUUUUUUCUUUUUCAUGGACCCAUACGCUCUCAGAAAAAGUGCUUGACAGCAUGCUCAUGAUUAGAUCCUCACAGGUUACUCUUUUUAAAUCUCUGUCAUCUGAGUGCUUUGCUCUGCUCACUUUUAGAAGUUCUUAGCCCUUCACAAUUAUCCUCAAAAGAAGCAAAGAAUAGGCAGUAAACCCUGCUCAGCUUGCCCCUUUCCAAGCAGUCUGUAUAACAGUCCUUCAUGAGUGAGCCAUCCAAAUCAUAGGUUAGUGGAGUCUAACUGGGACCAUUAGGAUAUUCCACUAUUUUCUACUGACUUGCGGCAGCCCAAUGGCAUUGAGCCAAAAUAUAUAAUUUUGUGGCAUUAGUCCGGAAACCUUAAAAUCAUGUUUGUUGUUACUACCCAGUUUUAUUGUCCUCUCAUCCUUUUUCCAUUUCCACUCUAUUCUCACUUCAAUUCUGGUGUUGUUUUUAUGACCUCUGUUGAUUCUAAAGAACACGUAAAGAUUAUAUUAAAAGUGGAGAUGGUAUUAGUUAUUUCAAUGAAGGGUUGGGGGUGUGGAUCAAGGGGUAGAGCACCUGCCUCACAAGUGCAAGGCCCAGUUAAAACCCCAGUACGAGCUAAAAAUAAAUAAUUAUAAUCAUAAUUUUGAAUGGAUUCUAUAAUGGCUGCCUUGAAAUACAUAUUAUGCCAUUCCACAAAUUUAAAAGCUAAUUGAGGGCAACAUUUAUUUUUGAUUCCUAAGUGAAAUCAUCUUCAGUUUUUCUUUUUGCCAAUGAGAUGUUGUACUUAUCUAACUUUUGUAAAACAUGAGCCGAAUGAAAUCCCAUAUAUUAUCUGAUAGCCUUCCUUACUAUAAGCAAUGUUGUAUUUGUUACUCUUUUAGAAAGACCAAGAAGGUACUGAUGAUAUUUUUUCUUUUGUCCUCUCAAUGUUUUUCUUUUCUUUAAAUAUUCUUGUCCCAGGAUUUGGUUCUUUUCAUCAAUAUGUUACAAGUUUAAAAAUCAAAUCUGAGAGACUGUCAGAGGUAAAAGAGUUCACUUUGUUGAAUUUCUUUUAAAAAAAGAAGUUUUACUAACAGAUACGUUUAAAUGUGGGUUUAAGGAAUAGUUUCUCUUCCCUUUCCUCAAAUUACAUUCAACAUUUAAAGCUGUUUAUAGCUUGCCAUCAGCAUUAUUCUGCUAGACUUGUCAGUGUUAAAAUCUGUUUGUUUUUGUUUUCUUAAAUUUGUUUUAAACUCUAAUUUUAGAAUAGAUAAAUUCAGAUGUGUGUACUAAAGUAUGUAUUUUUCAAGAUGUCCUUGAUUAAGGAGAUUUGUUUAUAAAUUAUCCAUUGUUUUUGAGGGUACCCAGUUGAUGUGAUAAAAUUUCCUUUGUCUUGCCAUAAAGCCUUCAUGAUCAACAGAGGGAAAGCUUUUUGUGAAUUUUUAAAAUGCAAAAUAAAGCAACCAAGAUUAAAUAAUUAGAUUGCCUUUUCUCGUAUUUUACCAGACUUCAAGUGUUUUACUAAAAUGUAAACUUUAUUACUCUCUACCAUAUUACUUCUUUUACUAUUCAAAUAGUUCACUAUUCAGCCAAGUAGAGGAGGUUAGGAAUUGAGACACUAUUAACUUUGGUGAUUUAAGGAGUUGUGAUGUCUCGGAAGCAGUUAAGAAAAGAUGCCUUACACUAUAAAUGCAAUAAUUAUUUACUUAGGAAUCUAAAUUUCAAGGAAUUGUAGGAUUAAAAUUCUACACCUAUGUAGUAACUCCUGUUGGGUGGGAACCUUGCUGUCUUUGUGACCCCAGUUCUUAGCAUAGUUGGGAAUAUUAUAGGUACUCAUAUUUAUCAACUUAAGUUGGGUUCACAAAGCAGUGACACUUGACUCCUGGAUCUUGGA